GCAGAUCAUUAUCGAAAUAUUGCAGGCAAGUAUGACUACUUCUACAAAGAAGUUCACCAAGGUUACAUUCCCAUCCUAAUGCAAUGUUUGGACUUAAAGCCAGAGCACGUGGUCGCUGACAUUGGCAGUGGAACGGGUGCCAUUGCGAAAGAUCUCUUUGAAUUGUCAGGUCUUUACAAUCCUAUUUGGUGUGUUGACCCCAGUGUGGAAAUGCAAGAAGUUGCUCGACAAAAGAAAGGGGUUAACUCGAUUCUGAAAACAGCUGAAGAAUUUUUUUCGAAUCCGCAAAUUAGCGAGAGGUUUGACCGAGUGAUAGCUACUAUAAGUGCACAUCAUUUUGUAAACGUCGAUGCUGUUUUUGAGGGAAUACUCCGUAGUCUACGUCCCGGUGGUUUUUUCUUGCAAUUCAACGCCAUCAAGAGCACUCUUCCGUCAUUUAAAAGUGCAAAAAUGCUUCUUAGCCAAUGUUUUGAGCGAGAGAGCGAAGUCAGCGAUCUAUUGCUGAGAAAAAUCGGUUUGAAUGGAAAAAUUUCUGAGGAGGAGUUCUCCUUUUCGGCGGGGAUAAAGAAAUCCAAGCUGUACGAACGAUAUCGAUGCCGUUUUGUAAGUUUAUUUGAGAAAUUAAGCGAUGACCAAAUUGAAGAGGGAAUAAACGAGUUAGACAAUGAACAUUUUCAAAAUGUCAAUGAUGAUGAACUCAUCAACUACGAAUGCACAGUGCUU